CCCGUCCAUGUCGUGACCAAUCAACUCUUUUCGGCACUCACCAACACGACACUGCUCCCUCGCUUGUCGCAGGUAUUCCUGCACUCCAUGCUCCGGUUCAACGAUGCGACCUUCCUCACGUUCCUCGCUUCACGACAACAUGCCCAGCCUCCCCCGCUUAAGCUUGCACCAUUCGAGUGCCACAUCCGCGCACUGCCAGGCUACUGGCGUGAAUUCGGGUCCCGCAGCCGCGCAGAGGCGGCCCUGCUGCCGCAGUGGGCUGCGCUUCGCACCGAUGCAAGAAUGCGCCUCUCCUGGUCAUGUGAACAGCCGCGGCCCCGCAUCGGGGACCUCGAAGAUCUGAAGGCCGUGCCGUCGGCGGUGCACUGUGUCCCAGAUCGAUACUAUAGUAAACAUUUGCGCUGGACCUCGGACCGGGAGCCUCUCAAGGCGCUGGAUAUGGAGGACAGACGGUUACUUGGGAUAUGGUAG